UGCCAUGGUGCCACGUCAGCACGCAGACACGGUCAGCGGAACCCAACGAUAGCCUCAUUUUAUCGCCAUCUGCUUCCCUCUCCCUUAAAAUCUUCAAAGCUGGAUCAAAAUUUCCAAAGGAAAAAAAUUCAGAAAAUUGAAAAAAUUACCGUAAAAAAAGAAAAACUUUGGAGGAAGAGGAGGAGGAGAGAGGGGGGAAGAUCCUAUAUUUUGGUGGUGAUUCGAGGGAUCGAAAUCUCUGCAGUCCGACUCCGAUCCUUCUCCGCCUUUGUUUUUUGAUAUCCGGCCAAUGGAUUCCGAUUGCUGGAUGUCUCGCAUCUUCACCGCCAGGAGGCACUACUCGCUGCAGCAGCACCAGAACUCCCAAUUAGAUCGAUUCGGGCUCGAUGAUUUCGAGAUGGAAGGGGAGGUCCGGCCGGACUUCUCAUGCCCUUACUGCUACGAAGAUCACGACAUCACGUCUCUGUGUACCCAUUUGGAAGACGAGCAUCUCUUUGAAUCUAAAGUCGCCCCCUGCCCCAUUUGCUCUGUUAAGGUUUCAAAGGACAUGCUGAAUCAUAUCACCCAGCAACAUGGGCAUCUGUUCAAGUUGCAGAGACGUCGAAGAUUACGUAGAGUUGCUGUUCCUAAUAGCCAGACACUUUCUCUGCUGGGGAGAGAUCUACGAGAGGCUCAUUUGCAGGUGCUUUUUGGAACCAGGGGCUACCAAUCUGGCAGCACUAAUGCAUCAACUGCAGCGACUGAUUCACUUCUGUCCUCACUUGUUUUGAACUUCCCUACAACUGAAGUAGAGGAAACUGCAAAAUCUCCUGUUCCUACUGCGGAGGAUACUUGUAUUAAAAAAGUAACCCCUUCACAAACUUGGAAAUCAAGUUUUGAAUCUUCUCUGAGUUAUGAGGAGAGGGAAAGAAGGCAGAAACAGGCAACUGCUAGGGCAACUUUUCUGCAGGAACUGCUGCUCUCAACUCUUUUUGGUGAUUAAUGGAAGCAGGGAUGGAUCGACUGUUGGCAAAUGGGUCAUCGAAUCCACUUGCCUUCAAAUGCAUAAACUAUGAAUGAAGAGUUUUUGGUGAACCUGUUUAUCAGAGGCUGUCCUGGGGUCCUAAUGGCUUAGGUGCUCUAUUGGUUUUUAAGAGACAACCCAGUUCGGCCUUUUCUAAUGUUUAUCAUGAGGCUGUAUUAGCAGAGUCUGCUAUAUGCUGCCUCUUAAGAUGUAUGAAAGUGGAUGGUCGGUGAGUAAUCUUACCAUCAUAGUAUGUCUUCACUUACCUGCGACAGUUCAACAUCCAAGCGGUGGUCAGUAACUUAUAUUGCUGUUUUUAAUAUGCAUUUUAUGCAAGUGCCUUGGA